CGUGUGUCGAAGUGUAAUUAAGAAAACAUAUGAAGUAAAAAUGUUAUAAUUUUUUUCUGAAGGCAGUUGAUAAUUAUUUUUAAAUAGGAACCUGUUGCAGGAAAUUGCUUCAACAGAUUAUUUGAUUUCCUUAGAUACAAGAUUUUCGUGAAAUGUUCUGUGAUUGAAACGUGCCAAAAUGGCGAGGAGACACGAACGUUAUUAUUGUUGGAUACUUCUAACUUUUUAUCAAGCAACUUUGUGCUUGACAUGUACCUUCCCUACUGAUUUAUUUGGAACAUUUGACAGUACCAAAGAAGGAAGCCUGGAUUUUAACUCUACAACUUAUGGUCAAUUUAGUAUCGCAACUCAGAGUCAAACUUUUACCGAUCUAGAUUUCACAUGUCAUAUAAACUCUGGUACUAAAUAUGUCAGCAAAUCUCAAGAAUUCUCUAUUUUUAGUAGUGCUUUUUAUGCCUAUAUGUGUCUGGAUAUCACAUCGGUUUCCCGCAACCUUUAUUAUUACUACUAUGCCACACAAACUCUACCCCAGGCAAACGAUGCUCGCGUCAAGAUUUUCCCCAUCAGUACUGUAGUUGGUUCUAUAACCGAUGUUUGUGAUGAGCCCACACCGUAUCAACAACCUUACAGCAUAUUGCUUAAAAAUGAUACUAUUAUUACCGAAGAGAUGAUACCAUGUCCAGCGGAUCUUCAGGGUUAUUUUAGUUAUAGCAUGAAUGAUGGUGCCAAUGGUUUCUGCGAGAACCAGACAACAGCCUUAGAUACCUGUACCAAUACCUCUAUACUGAAUUUUGAUUAUAAUUCCUGCAAUGAUUCCAUUCUGUAUUCUGCCACUGGUAAACUCUAUUGUUUGUUCUACCAACAACCCAGUACUGGGGUUUACCAAAUAACACUGUAUAAUGGUGAUAACACUACAGAUAACAUUAAUACUCAUAGAUUUUCUUGUAUGAUGUUUGAGAAGGGAGUCAAUGAAAGUUAUGCUACCCAGUAUCCCACGGAAUGUCAGAAUUCAACUGUGAUGAAUUCUACUACAGUACCUUCACCUGGUGCUUCUAUUGUAUUCACACAUACAGCUGGGCCCAGCACCUUACCAUCGUUAACUACUGAAUCACCUACUGCCGGUGCAGCAACUGACAUAAGCGGAGCGUCUCUGACCGGAGGGCUAAUUGGUGGUGUUAUAUUCGUGGCUGUUCUUAUAGUUCUAAUUGUCAUUUUAAUGAAAAACAACAAAAAGUCCAAAGAAGAACCAGAUACUGAAAGAGGAAAGGAGAAGACCAAGAAGUCUAAAAACACAAGCAAAGUUGAACCUCAAGCGGUUCCCCAGAAGACAAAGAAGCGAGUUGAUCGUAACGCUCGACCAAUAUUCACGCCAGCUCCACCGAAAUCUAUAGAUGACCACAGACCAUCGAAACAACCAAGCAGUAUAUUUGAUAUGGAAAGUGAAGAAGGUCUUGCUCCGAGCCUUGAGAAAGAGUACACCUUACCAAUCUAUAGCGAUUAUGGAGAUUGCUCUGAUCUUGAGGACGGGGAACAGAAAUCCCCACAACCGACGUUCAUAGAGUCUAAGAAAAUACAACAGCGAUUACGCGACUCUGGAAUCGUAAUGACUCCACCCCCGGAUUCAACAACUACACCUGAUGUCCAAAGAGCACAGAGUGUUAUGGCGAGAAACUCUAGAGCUUCCAAAAUGGGGAGUCUGAAUUCAUCAACAUUAGGGCCGCCUCCUGAACCGGUUCAAGGACCACAGUAUAACCCAGUGAAAGACACAGCUGUGUGA